AGCUCAUAUCGUUUCGUCUCCUAACUUUUUCCUGAUUUUUUUGUGAGAAAUCCUCCAAAAAGAGUUAAAUUUGCUUUAAAAAUGGACACUGAACCGCAACAAAGCUCGUCGCUCAUUGGAAUUUUCCCAGUUGAGAUUUACUUUAAAAUCUUUAAAUAUUUGGAUUCGUGGACCAUUCGUCGCUGCUCAGAAGUUUGCAUCACGUUUUACUACUUGACUUUACGUCCAGAAUUCAAGCAAUUCUUCAAGUUAACAUUGUGUGACAUUUAUCUGGAUGCUAGUUGUGGCAUCGGAAAGUUGUUUGCACCCGAAAGACGUACAAAACGCACUUUUGAUCAUCUUACACUGGAGACUGUGAAUUUCAAGACAUUUGCGUUUGCAAAAAAAUUUUUUAUGCGAUUGGGAGAAGAAAUCACCGAAAUUAGAUUAAAACAUACGUUUUUCCAGCCUCAAAUGAUACAAAAAGGAUCAGAAACUCAAGACAAGCAUUUUCGCGGGAAUAUUUUGAAUAAUUUUCCUAAUUUAGAAAAAUUAGUAAUAGAUGGAUACAGAUUCAAUGAACUACAAUACUUUCCGGCGUCGCUAAAGGAGAUCCACGUGGACGGUUCGAAUUUCAAAGAUAUAAUUGAUAUGAAAGACAAAAUUAUCAAAGAAAAAGGCGCAGAUAACUUGGAAAAAUUGAUUUGCUCGAUAUGUUACUCUUACGAUGAUGAAGAUUGUUCCGAGAAUUGGGAAGUUACACAACCAGUUUUGCGUACAAUUGAAGAAAUGGAAGCUUAUGGGUCCCUAAGUUACUUGGAAAAUGAUUGUAACAUUCUCGAGCACAAAUAUAUUGAUCUGGGUCACGUUACAGGAAUAAAUAUCAGUGUGUAUAACAGCUUCCCGCUCGAGAAAUUACAUCGCUUUGCAAAUUUGAAAUCAAUUAAACUCGCUUUGUAUGACGGAAAAAGAGGUUGUUUAGGAUUUCAUCAAAAAUCAUUUCCGGAUUUUUCUCAUAUCAAAAGUUUAAAAGUGAAAUACGCUUCCCGUUCAGUUUGUAAUGGAUGUAUUACGAAUAUUUUAUUGUCAUUCACUGGCUUAACAAAACUUAAGUUGAAAGGCAAUUUUACUGAGAGCCAAUUUCGUCCCAUUUAUGCAACUAUGCCUAAAUUAGAGUACCUGAUGUUGCGUGGAAAAAUUCCUCUAGGCAUUUUUGAUUCUUCAGAGUACACUCCAAAUUCCAUUGAGGAUCUAAAAAACUUGCAGCACUUGCUGAUCUACGACACUUCUGAUUCUUCCACCACAGGUCUAACCAAUGAAAGUUUUCUCAAAUUCUCAUGCCUGCCAAAUCUCAAGACAUUGCGUCUUAGUCAAAGCUUCGGAGAGGAAACCAUCAACAUAAAUGGAAUUAAAAAUCUUGUUCGCCAAUGUCCAAACAUUUCAACUUUUUUUACGCCAGACCCAAUGUACGAUGAAAUGGUUGAAGAAAUAGUUUGUGGAUGGCCUCGUUUAACAACUUUGGUUUUGCCAAAAGCAACAAUUUUUUCGGAAAAUACCUGGAACAUGAUAAAGGAUACAUGCCGUUUCUUACAAUAUUUUUGUAUUUUCCGUUUUCAAUCACAUCUUAGUUUCACGAAACAAUGCUCCUUAUUUGAGAGCAUUUCUAGUUUGAAGAUCUUCAAGAAGGAAAACGUUCUGGUCACACGCACCGAAUAUUAUGAUCCACAGGUUGAUUUGGAAAGAUUUGCCGAACGUCACUUGGAGCUUGAAUCAAAACGCAAACAAUCAUCGGAUGGAUCGACCCCCAAUAAAAAACUUUGCUGGACAUUUCCAAAACUUGAUGAUCACUUUUAUUCAUAUUGGCAUUAUUCGUAGAUAGUGUAUUGUAGAGUAAAAAAAAGUUUUACUUUGAAUCUUUUUGAAUGAAUAAAUGAGAA